GGUGGGGCUAUCAACACGGAAGUUUCUGAGUAUGGGUAGGAUGAGGCGUGGGAGGACGAUUCAGGGUGGGCUGUGCUCUGGAGGCCACCAUGGCCUGACCACCUGGAAAAUAAUUCCCCAAAUCCCUUUUCCCCUCCUUCUUGCAAAAAUGCAAUAUAAACCUCCCUGCUUAUCCUGCAGCCGGCUGCACCCCGUGCUGGCUGGCGUAAACCUUAGCAAUCAGCAGUGCCUAAAUUGUCCUGAGCUCUCCCUGCAUUUACCUCAACUCAGCGUCCCUGGAUAAGGAACCUUGAGCCCCAAACAAACCCACAGGACCUCAGAGCGGGCUGCCUUUUGGCAGCAUUGAUUUAAUUCAUGUGUGCUCAGAUGAUGGGAAAUAUGUACAGUGUUUUUAUAUUUAGAUGUGUUGCAGCUAUGUAGUGGUGAAAGGGCGAAUCUUGAAGCCUGCCUUUGCUUUCACCAGUCAGGAUUUUGGAUUUCUCUUGAGCUUUGCCAAUUCCUCAGCGAGAAUGAAGCCCAUCAACCUGUCCUUCGCAGCCUGUGGGUUUCUGGGCAUUUACCACUUGGGGGCGGCAGCUGCCUUGUGUAGGCAAGGCAAGAAACUCCUGAAAAAUGUCCAGGCUUUUGCAGGGGCCUCUGCAGGAUCCUUGGUUGCUUCUGUCCUGCUAACAGCACCAGGAAAAAUAGAGGAAUGCAAUGAAUUUACCUAUAAGCUGGCCGAGGAAACCAGAAGGCAGUCUCUCGGGGCAGUGACGCCAGGUUAUGACUUCAUGGCCCACCUGAGGUAUCUAAUGGAGUCGAUUCUUCCUACUAAUGCCCACGAGCUGGCCCAGAAUCGACUGCAUGUGCCUAUCACCAACACCAAGACCCAGGAGAAUUACCUGGUGUCAGAUUUUUCCUCCAGGGAAGACCUCAUUAAGGUCCUCCUGGCUAGCAGCUUUGUGCCCAUUUACGCUGGACUGAGACCAGUGGAAUACCAAGGGCAGAAGUGGGUGGAUGGAGGCCUCACCAACAGCCUUCCCAUCUUGCCUGUGGGCCACACAGUGACCAUCUCUCCUUUCUGUGGACGACAAACCCCUCCCCAGGACAAAAGACAGUUGGAUUUGUAUAUUAACAUCAACAAUCAGGAUAUAAUGCUGUCCCUGGCAAACCUGGUGAGGCUGAACCAAUCCCUCUUCACACCAACGCAAAAGAAAAUGGAGUCCUUUUAUCGAUGUGGAUUUAAUGACACUGUUAAAUUUUUACAGAAAGAAAACUGGUUUGAAUAAAAUACCUAAAAGUG